GGUCUGGCAACACAAUAGUACAUAAAGUAUUUUUGAAAUGCUUCGUCUAAGUGCUUGAGAUACGUUAAGUAAAAAAAAAAGAAAAAAAAAAUACGAUGAUUCUAUUCCGCGCUGUAAAUAUCUGUUAUCAUCGCCCUUUUUUCUACUGUGCAUAAGUCCCAUUUUCCCACUUUCUUCGGAUUCUCUCCCGGAGAAAUGGCGGGAAGGGGGCGCCACUGCAUAUAAAUAAUUGCCGCUCAAAAUAAUGGCAUCCAGUCUGUCUUGGGAAGCCAGCCAGGCAGGAGCUUCCUUCCUGCUGUCAAAGUUUACAUUUUGCGGGAAUCUAUUUGAUAAAAUCCAUAAAAGGUGGAACAGUGAGAUCAACGCAAUGGCAAUGCGUGUGUCCCUCGUGAGGACCUGCCUGAUGGUGACCGUCCUCCAAGCGCUGGUUUCCGCUGACGUCAACACCACAGAUCCUUCCCAGACGAAUUCCACGAAGCCCUUGCAUCCAACCCCGACGCCUUCAGGAGCAGCGACGCAGGGACUCGCCCAGACGCCGACGAGCAGCCCGACCCAGACACCGAAGGACACCGAUGACGUCCCUGCCAAGAACACCACUCACAAGUCAGAGGAACCAACUCAGAAGCAACGGCCGGCGUCACAGCCCUCUCUCUCGACCAGACCCGCCACUCGAGAACCUUCGUCAGCGCCGGCGGGCCUCGAAGCCUCGCUAGAUGAACCGACGCCUCCGCUGCCUCUGCCUCAGCCCCUGCGUGCGCUUCAAGGUCGAACUCUGCCCCAGCGAGAGGAAGUAGCUCCUCGGAAGCGCUCGUUACUUCCCACCAGACGGGGUCAAGGCCGACCUCAGCAGCACUCAGGGUCAGGGUCAUCUCCCCUCGCUUCUGACGGACCUCGAGGCCACGCGGGGGCGGCCAGAGUGCGCAGAGCGGAAGGUAAGGAACCCGCGACUCCCUACUCCUUCUCCUACUCCGUGCUGGACCCCGACCGCGGCUCCGACUUCGGCCACGAGGAGGAGAGUGACGGACGCGUGGUGACCGGCCAGUACUACGUCUCUUGCCCGACGGUCGCCGACAGGUACGUGGAAGCUAGGUCUAUGCUAACCUUCCUUAUUUUCCAAGUUACCGUCACCGAAGAAUACGCAUAUUCGUAA